AUGCUUGGACCCGCCCUUCCCAUCCUCACCUUCCUAGCUCUGGCUCAGGCCAGGGCUAUCGUCAUCAAUCAUUGCCCUUACAGCGUCUAUGUGUGGUCUGUACCUCAAGUCCUCAGCUCAUCACACACCGACAACGUCCCAAUCAAACCUGGUGGCCAAUAUCAAGAGCCAUGGCGCCAUGGUUCUAUCGUUAACCCCGGUGUUGCCAUCAAGAUCUCGACCAAGUCAAAUGGUAUCCUCAAGUACGCCGACGAGAUCGACUUCGCUUACGCUGUCGACGGCAAUGAUGACAGCAAGAUCUGGGUUGACCUCUCCUCGGUUCGAGGAGAUGUGUUCAAAGACAACCUCGCCUUCCACAGCUGCAACGUUCAAUAUAACUCCCCAAACGUCCAGACGCACCAGUGCACUGCUACCGACGACGUUGAGCUAGUGUUGUGCGAUACCUCACCACGCUCAACGCCGAAGAAGGAUCCAACAACUCUUGAGCAGGUUAAGGCGUGUUACGACUAUCAUCACGUUCUUCCUGAAGGUCAUGAAGACAGUCUUCAAGUUGCUGCAGACGACGACACCGAUUCCGAUUCGGACACAGACUGCUGCGAAUCAAGGGACGUGACCUCAAUCAAAUUUGCCUAUACGAUGGAGGUUACCGCUGAAUUCACCGCUCCGCCUACCUCAGAGGCUACUGCGGAAUCCGUACUGGCACCUUCCGUCGACAAUCCUUCCGCACUGUCAGCAAAAGCCCACUCAUCGCCGACCAAUGUCCAAUCGUCAACCAAUGUCACCUCUACAACGACUUCCACCUCCAGUGUGCGCCUCUUCACGCCACCUCACGCUCGCGAGACCGACUGCCCAGGCUGCGAGAAGCUAUUGAUACUCAGCCCAUGUCUGGCUAGGGUUAUCUACCCAGCGAGACGGCGCGCCCCCGCAGUCCCUCGACAUACCCCAGACGCUAUCACACCGCGACACGGAGCAAAUCCACCACUAUGUGAGAUUGUCCGGAGGUACCACCCCGGAAUUGAACACUGCGACGAAGCGACCCUGGAGUCUCUCGCUCGCAGCAUCUACCCCAAUACAUGUGACCCUGAGUACGCAACGCUGUUCAUGGGCUUCCCAUGUGAGGAGAUUAUGGAGGAGUUCAGGAGGAUAUACCCAGGCAUCGAUGCUCCAAAGGUCUCCCGCACCACCUGUGAGUGUGAACCCGGCUGCGACUUCUGCGGACACUUCAACGACAGUUGCUUCUGCGCGGGAGCUACCUCGGUGGCCAUCCGCGAUGACAUCCAGCCUCUUCCGACUGAUCUCGGACCCGGAUUUCAGAAGAUGUGCUUGUACUCGGUAUGCAAUCCCAUGAUCCACGGAGUCAGCUGCAACCAGGCAAAGGAACUGCUCAUAUCCGUCCUCAUGUGGUUCGGCGAACGCUACGAGGAUUGGGUCGACGAGAAAGUAGAUGACGAUUGCGACGAAGUCUCCGUCCUCCAGGACGACAACGGCCAGUACGGCAUCUGCAUUGCUGAUCUCUGCGAUCUUUAUCCCGAAAACUGCGACAAGAUGCAAACCAUUCUCACCUUCGCCACCAAGGCCAAGUUCGACAAAGAUGUCGUAUACAUGACCAGCCAUAUUGACUGCGCUCUUUGGUCGAACUAUUACAGUGGAAAGUAUUAG